GUGUGCAGGGCCCGUUUCCCACAGGAGAGUGCUCAGUUACGUGAGCUAUCGCCUGCGGAGUGAAGUUGCAGUGCCCGGAUGCCGGGUUGUUACCAGAGGGAGCAAUGGAUGUGAGGUCUUCUGAAAAGCCGAAGCUGAUUCCCAAAGAGAGAAGUCGUCUUCUCGGUGACGGCAGCCAUGCCCCCCAACAAAGAUGCCUCUGGCUGCCUCGGCUCGCCCCCGGGUCUGAUCUGCUUGCCGCCCAUCUCCGAGGACCUCCAGCUGGUGUGGACUCAGGCAGCCCAAACCAGCGACCUUGAUGGUAACCAGCACCUGCUGCAAACAUUCAGCUAUUUCCCAUAUCCCAGCCUUUCUGACCUGGCUUUGCUCUGCCUGCGUCACGGCCUGCACAUGGAGAAGGUGAAGGCUUGGUUCAUGGCACAGCGGCUGCGCUGUGGCAUCAGCUGGAGCGCCGAGGAAAUCGAAGAGACUCGUGCCCGUCUCAUCUACCACCAGGACCAACUUCACUUUAGCUGCCUGUUGACUGCGAAUGAGAGUGACUCCUGGCACCAAACUUGUAAAAGCCCAUCGUACCACCAGCUGGCUCCCCACUCUCUGCACUACUCCAGUAAAUAUCCAGAGAACCAGCAAUCUUCCGUAACUUCCUUAAAUCACUAUAGUACAGCUCAAGAAACAAGAGAACUUGGGAGGAUCACUCAGGACAUUUGGAAACUGAAGGAAAAUGCCUCGUCCCACCAUAAGAAACCUCAGGAAAAUUGUGAACCUUCAGGGAUCAUUGUGAAUUUUCAGAAUACCAAAGAGACUCUUUCUGGUGCUUAUCCACCCAUCACAACUAUCAGCCUGGAUUAUAAAUUCCAGAAUUCUCACACUACGGCAUGGAGCCUCCCCGCAGCAUCCCGGCAGCCAGCUGAGCCCAUUGCACCUGCAGUAAACGGUGGGCAUCACCCCGUGAUUCUUCCACUGGGUUCUUCCAUUAAAGUGGCCCCAUCCUCCUCUAGAGUUGCCACCAACAUUGCUGACUCAUACAGCCAUCUGAACCAUCAGUACUCUGUCAGCGACCAGCGCGCUUUGGGUUCUUUGCCAGAUGUUUUACGGAAACCUAGGCGGAAGACCAAGGAACAGCUGGAUAUAUUGAAGUCCUUCUUCCUUCAUCAGCAGUGGGCCAGGAGAGAGGAUUAUCACGAGCUGGAGAAGAUAACCGGGCUGCCACGAGCAGAGAUCAUCCAGUGGUUUGGAGACACGCGUUACGCCCUGAAACAUGGGCAGCUGAAAUGGUUUCGGGACAAUGCAGGGCAGAGCCCAGGGCCUGCUUCCUCAGGGCCGCCUCCUCAGCUGUAUACAAACCAUCCGGAUACAAGCCCACUGGAACACUAUUGGGCCACGCAUGUGCAGUUGCAGGAGAGUGACUUGCCAAUGCUCUGCCAUAAAUCAGGAAUGGGAGCGGAGCAAGUGUUGAAGUGGUUUCACUCACAUUUGCCAGCACCCUGCGAGGUAGAAGUGUGUUUGGGAGAUGAGGAUGAGGUAGAUGAGGAGGUGGCAGCAGCAUUGAUAAAGGCGGAGGAUGAAGACUAUUAUGAAGAGGAUGAGGAUGUGGAAGAUGAGGAUGAGGAUGACGAAGACUGGACUGCUUAGAGCUUUUGCGUGGAUGCUAGAGAUUUUGGACUUCUCAGAUGAGCAUGUGGAAGGAGCAGAGAGAGAAAUUAGUAAAUAUUGGGAGCAAGGUUUCUACUCCAACCAUUUCUUGCUGUUAGCAAUGCCCCACACCCUUUAUGUUCUAGAACCUUGGUUUUUUUUCCUUUGAGCCUCUGAAUUUAAAUGCAAAAAUUGUUCUAUUUCCAUUCAGUCAGAAUCAAGAUGGUAUUAGAAAUGAGGCUUCCAACCCUUUAGAUGCGAGUGGCCAUAAUAUGAAUCCCUUCAGUAAUCUGCUGGGUCACACAUUAUUUCUUUGGUAAAACUUUGAUCUGUUAAUUGCGUUUCUAGAUUUCAUAUUGGUUUCCUCUAGAAUCAUACUUCAUUUUUUCCUUCUCAUUAAUUAUAAAUUUGUUGUAUAGACUACGGUUACUAAAUCCUGAAGCCCAACACUGCCCGACUAUAAAUCUGUUACUUUUUCCCAUUAUAAUAAGGCUUGAAAGGCAAACAUUUUUCACUUACCCUUGGUUGUACCUGUCUUGAUUCUGUUUGUUCCAAUUCAUGUAUUUAUUUUUAUUCUUCCUUCUAGAUUAGAAGUCGGAUCGUUCAUUGCCAGAGUUGCAGAGAUUUGGCCCUUUCCAGGCAGCCCCUUUUUCAAAUUCCAUGAAAGUCAUACAUAAUAUUUGACUAGUCUAAGGUCAUACAUCAACCAUAUAUUUUAUUCUCCUGAGUGAAGGAACAGUUUAAGUAAUUAUUUGCUUGCCAGUGCUUGUGUGUUGUUUUAUAAGCCAGUUCUUUCAGAUCAAAGAAAUGUAGAAGACAGAGUAAGGUUAUCUUUCCUGUUUUCAUGCCUUCCAGAUAAGUUGGGACUAAAGACAUCAGUUUCUUGACUGGUACUUAAGAUGGUGAUUGUAAAUGUUUUAUUCAAAUUAAUACUUCAUCAUUUAUCUUCCAUUUCCAUUCUCUGUUUCCUUUUUUUAAAAAAAAUAUUUUUGGUACAUCUUCUAACAUCUGUUCUUGAUGGUCUUGCUCAUCAUGUGACUUUCACAUCAUUUUUCUUAGUUGUUCUGGUCUCUUUUCCUUGUUCCAUUAGUGCCUUGAUUCCCCAGCUUUCCCUGCCAUCCAAUGUCCUCCUUUCAGGUCAUAUAUCUAUUCUGUAUUAGUUGGUUGAUGUAGUAAACUGAAUGCCAUUUAGAGAUACAGUAUAGUGAGAUAAAAAGGGCGGUCUCUUGUGAAAGAAUUGCGAAUAUUGGAAAACACUGCUGAUCACUUGGUAUCUUCCUUUCAUUUGUCAAACUCACUAUCCCCUGAUUGAGGGGAAGAUAAACCCAUAUGUUCUGAGAAUAGCUUUUGAGAUUAAUUUGAAAGGGGUGAAGGUAAAGAUGAAUUUGGAGGUUUGUGGAAGUAUGAAGAGGUAAAAGACUAGACAGGGGGAGAUUAACAUCUGUAUUUUAAAAACUCUAUUUAUUCCAUCUCAUUUUCAUUUUUUUUAAUAGAAUCUCUACAAAAAUAGCAUCUGCCUCUCCAGGCAAGAAAAUCUAAAAGUACUGAAAUAAGCUAAUCAACCUUAGAUAAAGAGAAGGUGGUACAUGGACUAUACUGCACUUAGCGAAAAGUUCAGAGUCUGUAACUUGUCCAAAAUGGAACUAAGCAGAACAAUCUGAUUUGUGUAUUGAUUACUCAAUAAAUGGCCAUGAAUUAAUAGAUAA